AUUAGCAAAAUAUCCCUAAGAAAAGCGACAAUCACGUUGGUGGUGGGGUUAGAAAUAGUGAGAAACGGAAACUUCUGGAAGUUUAGCAAUUUUUCACAUUUUCAAAACUCGUGCAUCAAUCAGUGAUAAACCGGCAAAAUGGACCAGGUGAACGCAUUGAAAGAAAAAGGUAACACUGCCCUAAAUUCGAAUCAAUUUGAUGAGGCGAUAAAAUGUUACACCGAAGCUAUUGCCUUAGAUCCGAAAAACCACGUUUUGUAUUCGAAUCGUUCAGCAGCUUACGCAAAAUCAAAUAUGUACAACAAAGCCCUUGAAGAUGCAGAAAAAACGGUCCAAUUAAAACCGGAUUGGUCGAAAGGUUAUUCAAGAAAAGGGAGUGCUUUAGCUUAUUUGGGUAGAGUCGAUGAAUCAAUUGAAACAUACGAGGCAGGAUUAAAAAUCGAUCCAAAUAAUUCGCUAUUAAAAGAUGGUUUAGCUGAGGUACGCCAAAUUAAAGCAAAUUCAACUAACGAAGGUGGAGGUGGUGGAUUAGGUUUUAAUAUGGAUUUGACUGAUCCAAUGUUUUUAUUCAAAUUGAGAAAUAAUCCAAAAACUAGGGCCUAUUUAGACGAUCCCGAAUAUCUUAAAAUGUUAAGACAACUUCAAACCGAUCCCAGUAAAGUAGACAAGAUACAAGACCCAAGACUUUGGGAUACAAUGUCUGUCUUAAUCGGUGGUUUAGAUGCAGGAGAACCAAUGGAUACUGAUUUUACCCCGCCGCCACCACCUCAACAAAAAAAAACCGAACCAACUCCUCCACCCAAAAAAGAACCAGAACCCGAUUUACCACAAAACAAACGUCUCGCUAAAAACGAAAAAGAACUAGGAAACGAAGCUUACAAGAAAAAAGAUUUUGAAUCGGCCAUUGCACAUUACAAUAAAGCUAAAGAACACGAUCCCACCGAUAUAACUUUCUUUAACAAUUUGGCUGCCGUUUAUUUCGAACAAAAACAAUUUGAAAAAUGUAUUGAGGAAUGCGAAAAAGGAAUUGAAACCGGCAGAGAAAACAGAGCCGAUUUUAAAUUAAUUGCUAAAGCUUUUACUAGGAUCGGUAACGCUUAUAAGAAACUUAAAAAUUGGAAACAAGCUAAAGUUUAUUUCGAGAAAUCUAUGAGCGAACAUCGAACGCCAGAAAUUAAAACUUUGCUGUCUGAAGUUGAAAAAAUUAUGAAGGAGGAGGAACGAAAAGCUUAUAUUGAUCCCGCCAAAGCUGAAGAAGAAAAGGAAAAAGGUAAUGAUCUGUUUAAAAAAGGCGAUUACGCCACAGCUGUGAAACAUUAUACAGAAGCAAUCCAUCGUAACCCAGAUGAUCCAAAACUUUACAGUAACAGAGCUGCUUGUUAUACAAAAUUAGCAGCUUUUGAUCUUGGAUUAAAAGAUUGCGAUAAAUGCGUCGAUUUGGAUUCUAAAUUUAUAAAAGGUUGGAUUAGAAAAGGACAUAUUUUACAAGUUAUGCAAGAUUCUGUUAAAGCUCGAGUAGCUUUCCAAAAAGCGUUGGAACUCGAUCCAAAUAAUCAAGAGGCGAUUCAAGGUUAUAGACAAUGUAGCAUUGAUAGUAUGGGGGCUGCAAAAGAUCCUGAGGAAAUAAGAAGACGAGCGAUGGCUGAUCCCGAAGUUCAACAGAUUAUGAGAGAUCCCGCAAUGCGAUUGAUUUUAGAACAGAUGCAAAAUGAUCCUAGAGCGCUUCAAGAUCAUCUUAAAAACCCGGAUAUCGCCGCUAAAAUUCACAAGUUACUUGAUGCUGGUCUAAUCGCUAUUCACUAAAAGAUAAAAGGAAAACUAAUUCAAACGAUUAAAGAAUGGGAACUAAAGAAUAAAUAAUAAUUAUAAUUAAAUAGAAACAUCUACAUCAAAAAAAUUAUUCGAAACUU